CAGUUUUGCAACUGCUGGGCUGGCGGGAACAGGACAAGUAGCAGCUCUCUGCAGUGCGAAGAGAAGUGCGGUGUUACAGAGCUAAUUGCACAUUUAUUGUUGUUUAUUACCUACGCAUUGCUUAUGAUGUCUCGGGUCCUGAAUUGUAUCGUAGCUGUUUGUCCUGAUAUGGGCAUAGGCAAGAAUGGAAAUCUUCCAUGGCAUCCUACCAGGUUAAGUAACGAAUUCAAGCAUUUCCAGAAGAUGACCAUGACUCCCACAGUUGAAGGAAAGAAGAACGUGGUUAUAUUGGGUAGGAAGACGUGGUUCUCCAUUCCAGCUGCGAACAGGCCCCUCAAGAACAGAAUCAACAUAGUCCUCAGCAGAGAACUGAAGCAGCCACCAGCAGGGGCGCACUACCUGGCGUCUGACUUCAGUGAGGCGCUGGCUCUUCUGGACACAGCAGAGCUGGCCCCAGAGGCCGACCAGGUGUGGGUCAUCGGUGGCAGUUCCCUCUACAGGGAGGCCAUGGAGAGCUCGGGCAAGAGGCGUCUGUUCGUCACGCGGAUCCUGCAGCAGUUCGACAGCGACACGUUCCUCCCCAACAUCGACACGGCCAAGUACAGCCUGCUGUCCGAGUUCCCGGGUGUCCCCACUGCCCCACAGGAGGAGAAUGGUCUGCAGUACCGAUUUGAAGUCUACGAGAGCAUUGAUCAGUGAGAAGCGACCACUCAAACACAAGAUUUCCUCAACAGGACAUCCAUGCUGAUACCAAUAUUGGCCUUUUGUUUUACAAAACGUCUGACUGGCUAGUGGCUUACUUGAAGCAAUACCUUACUGAACUCAGAAAGGUGACAUUUUUGGACAAUUUCAUCUGCACGUCAGCAAACUACAAGUGAUAUACCCAAUACAAUUUCUGCAAUACAAUGUUUGGCAGAAAUUCAGAAAGAUGACGUUUUGGACAUUUUCAUCUGCACGUCAGCUGACUACAAGUGUCAUCCCCAAUGCAGUAUGUGCAAUGCAAUGCUGUUAGCCAGCAACGAGUCAGGCAGGCCAUUUGAAGCAACCCAGCUGAUUGUGAGUUCAGUAGCGGUAGUCUUGUGUCGCACCUUUUAGUAGAUACACUGGCUACACCAAAGAAGGAUGUAUGGGAAAUCUGUGUCUGUGUAAUGGUAUAACUGUAAAGCAGCAUAUCCUAUUAUGUUGUGUUGUAUCUCAUUUGUUUCUGGUUUCUUUUUUCAGCAAACUUAAUCUCUGUUCCAAUGAUAUCAGAGCUGUCAGGGUAGUGAAGAAUAUAAUGUGCUCAAAGAAUUUUGGACCAUAACUAAUUGUAAUUAGCAAAAAAAAAUGUUAAUUUGUACCAUACUGUACUAUCCUGUACCAACAUUUGAAUUUAUUAAUUUUGUACCAAUUUAUAGUAAAGUAAUUAUAAUACUGACUGUAAUACUAAUUAUGUUUCUCAAAUAAAAAUGCUUGCAGAUAUUACAGCUUUCGUUUUUACAUAA